AUGUCUCACGAAAAAUCAUCUACAUCAACCUCCCACCACACUCUCGGAUCAUUCGAACCCGCGAAUCCUACAUCCGAAGCCGGUCCCUCAUCCUCCCGCCAAAAUCACCUCGAUACAUUGUCCGACUCCAAUCCCCACAAUCACAACCACGAUGACGACUCCACUCCCCCGCCUAUUCCGCCGCCCUCUCUCCUCCCACACUCCUCCGCUCCAACCCCCAGCCCCGCUCCCCAGAUAUCCCAAAUCUACCCUAUAACCUGUAUCUCCCUCCAUCGUUCACACUUUCAACGAAUGCAUGCCCCGAGCCCGGAUUUUGAUAUUAGGAUCAAUCUGAUGGGUUUGAUUGUUGGGGAAGGAGAGCGGAAGAUGAACUACAUGAAAAUUCUUGAGAAAGGCGAGGCAGGAUGGAGGGGAGGUGUGAGAGAGGCGACGGAGCCUGAUUUGGGGGGCAAAGGGGAGAAGGGGCUGGAAGGAUGGGUUAGAGCAUUUUGUGGAGAUGAAGCGGGUGUCAAGGAAUUCAUACUAACCCGUCAGAUCCCCAAUCUCUCAACGACGCAUCUCCAAGGUCUUAUACUUGCUCUCAUAGCGCAAACAGGAUAUCCAGGACACACCACCAUCAGCUUCCCAAUCACGCAUUCGAAAGUUGUGGUGAGACCGCCAGAUAGAGUGAACUCAUUUUUUAGUAGCGUAGCAAAGGUUUUUAUGGGGACGAAGAGAUAUGAGGUUGUGAGUAGUGUGUGGCCGUUUGCGGAUGUAGGAAGAGGGAUCGAGGGAAGGAGGUGUGUUGUUAUAGGGGAGGAGGAGUGGUUUGAUGAGUGGAAAAAUGUUAUUGGAAGGGCGGUUGUAAAAGGGAAGAAAGGAUGGGUAACAGUUGAGGAUCGAUUGGAGUGGUUAAUGGAGGGGCAGGGGAGCGUUGAGCAAUGGCGAUGGAACGGACAAGGGUAUUGA